AAACUGAAAGUAGGUGAAAACUAAAACACUGGUGCGGCAGCAGAGCAGGUCAAACGAGGACGACUGUUACUGUAAAAUGGCAGGUAACACAGCAACAACCAUCCACACAGUGGCUGCUUUGACUUUAGCAGUCUGCGUCGACCUUUCUUUGUUUUACGCGUCAGGGUUUGUAGUCACUCUCAGCGUCUUUGGACAUCUCGCUCGUCUCUGGUUAACUGCGGCUCUCCGGUGUUCGGCUUUAAUCGCUGUGGGUCUGUUCUCCCUCGGAGACCUCAGACCUUUGCUGAUUCGUCUUAUAACGGCGCACAGUCUCCUGCCCGCGGUGUUUGGGACCGGGACCAAGGCGCUCUACUAUGAGGAGAGCCAGUGUGGCCAGGUGGCGGGCAUGCACUGCUGGAUGGUCUGCACCGGAGCGUCGCUGGCUGCUGCGCUGUUCUGGGAGAUCACCAUCCCGGACAGCGACGAGGCAGCCGAAGAGAAUAAGCAGAAGGCUAGAGAGCUGUUAAUGAGAGUCGUCCGUCUGUACAGACCCUACUAUCACAUGCUGUGUGGAGGGUUUGUGUUCCUGUCGCUGGCUGUCAUCUGUGAGAUGUUCAUCCCGUUCUACACUGGGAGGGUCAUUGACAUCCUGGGUGGUCAGUACCAGCAGAAUGAAUUCAUAUCUGCACUGCUCUUCAUGGGCCUGUACUCUGUGGGAAGCUCUGCGAGUGCAGGCUGCAGAGGGGGUCUCUUACUUUGCACCAUCAGUGCCUUCACAUGCAAAGUGAAAGUCAUGCUGUUUGGGGCUUUGACCAAACAAGACAUUGGAUUCUUUGAGACGAUAAAGACAGGUGAAAUCACAUCCAGGUUGUCCAGAGACACCACUCUGAUGGCCGAAACAGUGUGUCUGAAUGUCAACAUACUGUUGAGGACAUUCAUCAAGACGAUGGGUAUGAUCUCCCUGAUGAUGAAUCUUUCAUGGAAGCUCACGUUCCUCGCAUUGAUGGAGACGCCCAUCACUGGCCUCAUUGAGAACAUCUACGACACACACUACCAGAGGUUGUCCCUGGCAAUGCAGGACUCCAUGGCUCUGGCUAAUGAAGCAGCGAGUGAGGUAGUGUCUGGUAUUCGUGUGGUGCGGAGCUUCAACACAGAAAAACAUGAAGCCCGUCGCUAUGACAACCGCUUGAUGGGCACAAAAGCCCUCAAGACCCGCCGGGACAUUGUCUCAGCUGUUUAUCUGCUCGCACGGAGGUUGACAGGGUUGGCCAUGCAGGUCCUCAUGUUGUACUACAGCAGGCUGUUAAUCCAGAGUGGACAGAUGACAACUGGCAACAUGGUUUCCUUCAUCCUCUACCAGUCAGAUCUUGGAGACAACAUCAGGACACUCACCUACAUCUUUGGUGACAUGCUGAACUCGGUGGGUGCUGCUGGGAAAGUGUUUGAGUACCUGGACCGAAAACCUCAGGUCGACACAGACGGAAAACUCAAACCUGAUCAGCUGAUAGGACACGUUCACUUCCACAGUCUCAACUUCGCCUAUCCUUCAAACCCCAACAAAAUGGUGCUACAGGAUUUUUCCUUGGAGCUGAAGCCGGGUCAGAUGACGGCCCUGGUGGGUCCGUCUGGAGAAGGAAAAAGCACCUGUGUGAGUCUGCUGGAGCGAUUCUACGAGCCACAGGAGGGAGAGAUCCUACUGGACAAUGAACCGCUGAAAUCCUACGACCACCAGUUCCUCCACAAGAAGGUCGCAGUGGUGAGCCAGGACCCAGUGCUCUUCUCUGGCACCAUUAGAGACAACAUCGCCUACGGGCUUCCUGACUGCUCAUUGGAUGAGAUCCAGGAAGCAGCACGCAAAGCCUACGCCCACGACUUCAUCAGGCAGCUGGAGAAAGGCUACGACACAGAGGUGGGUGAAGGAGGCGGCCAGUUGUCCAAGAGCGAGAAGCAGCAGAUCGCCAUCGCUCGAGCUCUGGUCAGACAACCACAGGUCCUCAUUCUGGACGAAAUAACCAGCUCUCUGGACACUGAGAGUGAAAAUAAGGUCCAGCAGGCCCUGGCUAGCUGUCCCAACCAGACGCUUCUGGUCAUCGCUCACAAGCUGAAGACCGUUGAGAAGGCAGAUCAGAUUGUUGUGAUUGGUGGUGGCAGAGUUGAGGAGAAAGGGACUCACCAGGAACUGAUGAACAUGAAGGGGAGCUACUACAAACUGGUGGAGAAGCUUUUCACUGAGGGAAACUCGGUGCAAUGAAAAACUACUGUCACUGUGUAAAUGCUGCAGUUUGAUGUGAGAUAAUUCUGUUUCAGUUCAACAGCAGCUAACCUGAUGAAGAUGUGUGAUAACAAGUUGGAAUUACUGUAAAUAUUUAAGUCAAAUUUUUUUGUGUAAAUAUUGAAAAAUAAUUCGCAUUUUUUAGACGUUUUCUGUACUUUAAAAAUGCACCUUUACAACUCUGUUAGUGUUACACAUCUAUUAUUUAUUUUGCAGACUGUUCUAAUCACAUCAGGCGUUGUAAAUGAAUCAAAUUACUUUUCUAAUGGAUAUAAAUCUGCUAUAACAUUUUCCAUUUCCUUGUAUUCUGUGAAUGUGAAUAAAGAUUUGACAUGAUGACACACAGCUGACACCAUAACUUUAAUUUAUGAUCAGAGUGGUCAAAGGUUGCUUUAUUGGUCUGUUCCAAAUAAAAGGUUGAUCAACAACAUAA